UUCAGGACACGUAGAGAAAGAGGAGGAGGAGAAGAACAGCAGCCGAUUCUUUUACAUUUUUCAAGGUCUUAAAUGUGUACAGUGUAGAUGAAGCAGAGGGGGGACUACACACAUACACACAUACACACAUACACAUACUCUGCUGCUGAUACAGAGUGUACAGAACUGAGUUAGAAUGUUAUUACUGAGCAGCGUCCAGAUUCUCCAAGGUUUUUUUUAUCUCUGACUGAGCCUUGGCCUUGGAAUCUAUUAGUGGUUAUCACACUAGGAAGACAGAGUCAAUCACAUGGAGCAGCACGGAUGAAGAGAGGAGAUGGGGAGGGGGCAGGUGAAAUUCACUGGGACUGAAGGAGCAAUGAUGUUCUCCCCGUAAAGAAAAAAAAAACCCACUCUGAAUACAUGUUGUGUCGACUUAAUCCAAAACAGUUUCUGUCCCUUGGUUUUAUCUCUGGAGCAGCCGAAGUAGGUGUUGAUAUUCCAGAAGUUGUGUGUGUGCAAGAACGUGGCUUUGGAAGAACUAGCAAAACUGUAAAGUUUAAAAAGAUUUCUUAAAAACAUCCUCAAGUUGGCCAAUAUAAAUUAAAAUAAAACCAUUUGUUGGACUUUUUAUUCUGGUAACACUUUUUUCACUAUAUUUCCGCCUCAGUCGUCCAGGUCAUCUUAAGUACGGUUGCUUUUGACCUAUCACUGUUGGAUAUGUUCACUGUUUUGUACAUAAUUUAACUUUUCUUCAACCAGUAAAGACUCACUGAACUCAAUAGUCUUUUUUAUAAGAGGUGUCUGUAUCUUGACAUGGUUACAGCCAUAAAUCGUUACAAAUGGGAGAAAUAUAAGACAGAACAUAUAAAAUGUUCUGCACAUAAACAAAUAUGUAUGUUUAGAAUAUUAACAUACAUGAAAACAACCAAUAGAAUAAAACAAAUUGCAAAUGAGAUUUUUUUUGGUCUUUAUUAGUAGAAAUAAAUCAGAAUAAUAUCUGUAAGUAACCCUGGUUAAUUAGGUUAAUUACAGAAAUAAAUAGGCCUCACUACAGUCAAACUGACAAGAUCCUAACACAUUGUUGAUAUUUUCCACAAAAACUUACAUGUAGAUGUUCAAAUUCAAAGAACCUAAUAGUACAGAAUAAUCCAGUAGCAACAGGCAUGUAAUGGACGUCAAGGACAUCACAGGCACCAAAGACAUUGUGGGGUAAUACACAACCAGGCUGCAGGUCGACAGAAACUGUUGUUAUUUGACAGUUGCUGUUGAACAUCAAGAAAGCUUAACUGAUUGUUAUUUGGCAGUUGCUGUUGAACAUUAAGCAAGCUGUGUUUUCGAUGGAUCCUCCAGUUGACUUAGGUAAACCUGCUCAACCUGACAAAGUCCUCCCAGGAUCCUACCUCCAUUCUGGAUCCUCAACCUACCGUGUAGAGGCCUUCCUGGGACAAGGCACUUAUGGCAUAGUGUCAAAAUGUCUGAGACUGGAGGACAAGCAGACAGUUGCCAUCAAGUUGCUGAGGAAGUACGGCCCCUAUCUAAAGCAGGCCAAAAUGGAGCUGGCUGCUUUGAACAAGCUGAAGAAUCUGGACGCAGACAAAUGCAACCUUGUCCGGUGGCAUCAGGUCUUCACCGACAGAGGGCAUGUUUGCUUGGAGUUUGAGCAUCUGGACAAGAGUCUUUAUGACUUAAUGGCGGAGAGGAGUGGCCGUUCAAUGCCGUUAAAACAGAUCAGACCACUAGUUUACCAGCUGGCAGUGGCACUGACUCAUCUGAAGGCUCAAGGUAUCAUUCACGCAGAUUUGAAGUUAGAAAAUGUGAUGUUGGUCAACCACAUUCAGCAGCCCUUCAGAAUCAAGUUGAUUGACUUCGGCCUGGCCCGUCUAACAACAGAAAUAAAAAUAGGGUCCUAUAUUCAAAGCCGGCCAUAUCGAUCUCCAGAGAUCCUACUUGGCCUGCCAUUCACAGAGGCCAUUGAUAUCUGGUCUCUUGGCUGCUUGGCUGCUGUUCUCUACCUGGGCACCCAGCUCUAUCCUGGGAAAACAGAGUACCUCAUGAUGACUUACAUUGUGGAGACCCAGGGUCAGCCUGCAGACCACAUUCUCUCCCGUGGACGCAAGACUAAACGUUUUUUCCAACGAGUCACAAGCUCCACCAGCUCCACCAGCUCCACCAGCUCCAACAGCUCCACCAGCUCCCAGUGGAAACUCAAGAAUCCACAGAGGAUCAGCGUUGAGACAGGUCAUAUGCCAAAGGAUGAGAGGAGUAUUAAGUUAACCUGUUUAGAUGACCUCGUCACUAACCAGAAAUACUCUUAUCUAAGUGAUGUUGAAAAAGAGGCUCAAAAGACUGAUACCAUCAUUUUCAUCAACCUUCUUAAAGGGAUGCUCCACCUUGACCCUUCCGAACGCCUCACACCCAGUCAGGUGGUUGAGCAUCAGUUUAUAACGAUGCAACAUCUCCACAGCAUGAUCCCCCUCAGCUUUGAAGUGAGAUCCAACUUUCACCUCAUGGACCAGUUUAAAAAAAGAACUGUGGUCAGUGAAAAGGAUGAAACACUGCAGCAGCCGUCCUCUACCAGGACUGUUCUUGUCAAAAAGAACUGUCAUCCCAACACCAAAAGUAGCUGUGUUUGGACCAACGCUUUUUCCAAGGCCACAAGGACUGAUGAGUCACUGCUUACGGUAAAAGCCACCUUUCCCCCCUUUAAAAGGAAGAUGGCUGAUGAUGGCAACGAUUCUGGACCUAAAAAAAGUCGUACUGACUAUCGUGCCUUACCUGUUAAAAGGAAGCUGGCUUAUGAUAGCAACGAUUCUGAUCCUAAAAAGCGUCGUAUUGACUAUGGUGCCGUCACUGUUAUAAGGAAGCUGGGUGAUGAUGAAGACAGUUCUGGACCUAAAAAGAGUCGUACUGACUAUCGUGCCUUACCUGUUAAAAGGAAGCUGCCAUAUGAUAGCAACGAUUCUGAUCCUAAAAAGCGUCGUAUUGACUAUGGUGCCGUCACUGUUAUAAGGAAGCUGGGUGAUGAUGAAGACAGUUCUGGACCUAAAAAGAGUCGUACUGACUAUCGUGCCCUACCUGUUAAAAGGAAGCUGGCUUAUGAUAGCAACGAUUCUGAUCCUAAAAAGCGUCGUAUUGACUAUGGUGCCGUCACUGUUAAAAGGAAGAUGGGUGAUGAUGGUAACAGUUCUAGACCUGAAAAGAUUCGUACUGACCAUGGUGCCAUCCACGUGGGCGUUGAAGUCCCCCAACAGGACGAUGGAAUCCCCGGGAGGAGCACUGUCCAGUACCCCUCCCAGUGUCUGCAAGAAGGCCGU